AUGGUUAGUAGAAAUAAUUCUUUUCUUGUCUUUAAGGUUAACAAAAUUGUAUUCAAGUGAAUAGCAGAUCCGAGUGCAAUUUCAGAACUCUUUUAUACUUUGUCAAAUUCUCAUACGUCCCAACUCAUCUUUCAAUCUCCCCCUUUUGAUUUGGCUCAAAUCUCAGUCCUCAAUCCUGCUCAAUUGGAUGCUGAUCUUUUUGAUUCGCUGACGUUUAGUUUUUAUAUGCAAGUCCUCAAUGAAAAAAAGCUAUUUGGAUCAACUUUAAUUGAUCUUAGCCAAAAUCUCCCUCUGAAAGCAUGGUUGAAUAUCCUAAGUAAUAAUGACGAAAUUUUAUGUGUAGAAAUAGAAAUUAUAAAAGAAGAAAACAUUGAAAAUUCAUUUGAAAUUAUCCAAGAUUCUCUUGAUGAAAGUGAAGCCAACGACAAAAAAUACAAUCUGAAAAAAAAUAAUGCAGAAAAUAAAAAUGAGCAGGAAAUGAAUGAGUUAUUGAGCCUUUAUGAAAUUGAUGACGUAAAUAAAUUAACUGAAAAAAUUGAAGAUGUGAAGGAUGACAUUGCUUUUUAUCAUAGAAAAAAAUUAAUUGAAGAUGAAGAAGCAGCAAAUAAUAGGCUAAGAGGACUUGAAAGAUUACAGCAAUUACAUAAAGAAAUAAAAACAGCAAAAGAGGAGAAUGAAGAGAAUAGGCAUAAUGCAAGCACUUUUGAGGAAGAAAAUUUAGAAUGUGAGCUGAAGCAAGGGCUAAGUAAAUAUCAUAUUGAAAACCCUGAAAAAUUGGAAGAAAUGAUAUAUGACACAAAAGAAAAUAUUUCAUUUUGUCUUAAAAGAAAAAGACUAGAAGAAGCAAAAAAUGAAGAAAAUAUACUUGCUGAUUUGGAAAAUUUGAAUUCUAUUUACAAAAGAAUUGUUUUAAAAUCAAUGAUAAUUUUCGAUUCUGAGGAAAUUUUAAGUGGAGAAAUCGAAUUUAUCAAUGAAGAAAACAUCAAAACCCUUCACAAAUUCUUGAGUGAAAGCGAAGUUUUAAGUGAAAAUGAAAAAUGCGAAAAUCAGCCAAGCAUAAGAGAAAAGCAUACAAAAGAGCAAGGCGAAAGUGAAGAAAAUAAAAAUGAAAAAUGCGAAAACCAGGAAAGCAUAAAUGAAAAAAAUGAGAAAUGCGAGAAUCAGCACACUAUAAGUGAAGAAAAUAAAAACAUAAGUGAAGAAAGUGAGAAAUGCGAAAAUCAGCACACUAUUAGUGAAGAAAAUAAAAAAUGCGAGAGUCAAGAAAGCACAAGUGAAGAAAAUAAAAGCGAGAAAUCCAAAAAUCAGUUAAUUUUAGAUGAAAAAUGCGAAAAUCAGGAAAGAAAAAGUGAAGAGAAUAAAAACAAAAAAUGCGAAAGUCAGCAAAUUUUAAGUGAAGAAAAUGAAAAAUGCGAAAAUCAGCACAGAAUAAGUGAAGAAAAUAAAGAUGAAGGGUGCGAAAAUCAACAAAGUGUAAGUAAAGAAUAUGAAAAACGAGAAAAUCAGGAAAGCAUAAAUGAAAAUAAUGAAAAAUGCGAAUCUCAGGAAAGUAUAAAUGAAAAUAAUGAAAAAUGCGAAAAUCAACAGAUUGCAAGUGAAGAAAUUGAAAAAUUCGAAGACCAUGAAAGCCUAAGUGAAGAAAAUAAACAUGAAAAAUGCGAAAAUCAACAAAUUGUAACUGAAGAAAAUAAAAUCGAGGAGGAAAUUAAUAAGAUGCUAAGAUUGUAUGAAAUCGAAGAUAUAGAUAGUGUCGCAGAAAAAAUAGAAGAGGUAAAAGAAGAUAUUGCUUUUUAUAAUAGAAAGAAAAAAUAUGACCUUGAGGAAGAAGAAAAAAAGAAAUUACAAGAUCUUGAGAGAUUGCUAAAAUUGCAUGAAGAAAUUAAUCAAAAUGUAGAUGAAGAGCUUAAGCAAGGAUUAAUUAAGUACGAGAUUGGAAAUCCUCAACAAAUUGAAGAAAAAAUAAUUGAAACAAAAGAAAAUAUCUCUUUUUAUCUCAGAAAGAAAAAAUUAGAUAAUGCAAAAAUUGAAGAAAAUAAUCUUGCUGAUUUGGAAAAACUGCUCUCCAUUUACAAAAAGCUUAGCUCAAAAUCUAUGAUAGCUAUAGAUGCUAAAGAAGGUGACAAGAAUAAAAAAAUAGAGAUUAUUGAAGCAAUGAUUGAUGAUAUUUCAACGAUGCCCUUUUGCAUAGAAAAAUUUCUUACCAAUAUUUUGUGCUUUGCUUACUAUGAAUGCUAUGAUUUUGACCCGUCAUUAGAUAUUCAUGCAAAGUUUGCGAAUAUAGAUCCGAAUAUCGAGUUUAACUACUUUAUUGAUUACGUACAUAAAGGUCCUAAAGGAAUUUUACCAUCAAAACUUAUUUCUCACUUGAAAAAACAUCUCAAAAAUGAAAAAUGGGAUAAAUCGAUACAAGAUAUUCAAAAAAUUCUGAAAGAGCACAUUCGACCUAUUAAUAUUAGGGAAGUUAUCAGGCUAAUUAAUAAAUCAGUUCGAUGCUCUGAAAAUUUAGAAAAAAAAGAUAUCAUUCUGUUAAUUGGCUUUACAGGCACAGGAAAAUCUACAACUACUCAUUUUUUAUGUGGCUCGGAAAUGAAAAGGGUCUUAGAAGAUAACGUAACGCAUAUAAAAUUCGAAGCCAUAAAAAAUCCCUUAUUAAAAAAUGUUACGAUUUCAUCACGUGCUGAAUCAGAAACUCGAUACAUCUCUAUAAUACCUAUUAAUAUAAAUUCUCCCCAAGAUGCUGCUUUUAUAUGUGAUACGCCAGGUUUGAUGGACACAAACGGUGCAGAAGUUGAUAUUGCAAAUACAAUAGGCAUUGUUGAGUGUGUUAGGAAAUGCAAGAGUGUAAGGCCUUUAAUUUUAAUAAGUUCUAAAGCUGAAGGAGAUAGAUUUGAAGGAAUCAAGAAACUUGCUCAUACUUUGGCUCGGCUUGUCCCUAAUUUUGACAAAUACAGCCGCUCAUUUACAUAUGCAUUUACCAAAUAUUCCCCAGAAGAUGUUAAAAAUAUACAUGGCACUGUGAAAAAUGCUAUAAAAUUAAUAAAGAAUAACUCCGAUAAGGCAUUUUUGAAAAUUUUGAAAGAUAUAAGAGACAAGACUAAAAAUGGAGUAAUAACAAUUGAUCCAUUGAAAGAUAACCCACAAGAGCUACUUAAAAAGAUAAUGGAAAACGAGCCUAUAAGAAAUACAAGAGAUGCUUUUGAAAGCUUCAUAACUGAAGAUUCUAGUCGAUCUAUAAAAAAUCAAAUUUCUGUUUAUUCAAAAGGCAUUGUAGUUGCCAUUGAUUCUUUCAACUAUGGUAUUAUAAAAUAUAAUUUAGAUGGGUUGCAGUAUAUAGCGAAUUUAUUUGAACAGUUUAGACCUCAAUAUGAUGAAUCCGUCAAUUAUGUAAUAAAAAAGACUAAAGAUAUAUAUGAAAAUGCUCUUGAAAAGCUAAAUAAAAUUUUAGACAAUCAUGGAAUUUUGGAAAAAGAUGAUGUAUUUUCUUAUCAAGAAGCAUAUCAUGCUCUGAAAGCAUCAGAAGAAAUUAGAGAAAGCCAUCUGAGAGAUGAAACCGUUAAAUCAGUAGCAAUGCUCAAUAAUCUUAUCUUUAAGCUAAACCUUAAUCAUGCAAGCAUUGAACCAGAGAUAUCAGACCUAAAUUUUCAAUUAAAAAAUACAAAAAUUUUAAGUGAAACAUUUGAAGAAAUUGCUGCUCGCUAUAAAGAUUUUAGUCAAGAAUACAUAAAUCUAAUCGAAGAAGCGCUUAUAUCAGCUGACUCAUACUUGGAACGAAAUAAUUAUGGAAAAUUUGCUGAGACUGUACGAAAAGUAAAAAAAUGCUUCGAGGCUGCUCAUGAUAUCAUUAACUUAGAAGAUUUGUCUAUAAAGUAUAAAAGUCUUUUAAGCCAACUUAUUUCAAGCUUAAAAUCAAAAUAUGAUAGUUCUAUUACACUUUUAGACAAAGGACAUAUAGAAGAAAGCGACAUAAAAGGGCUUCAGCAAAAUAUUUCCUUAAUAAAAUCAGCUAUUGAAGAUCAAAAUUUAAGAGAUUUUUUAUUAGAAAAUAAAAUAGACGAUCUAGUCCCAUCAAUUAUUAAUGAAUACAAAACAUACUUUGAAAGUUUUGCUUCUUCUUUAACUGAUAAAAAAGGAGAGCAUAGCAUAGAUGAAAUUCAAGCUAAAUUUUAUGAAUACAAUUUGUUAAAGGAGAUUCCUGAUAUAAACGCAAAUAUUGCUCCUUCUUAUCAAAAUAUCUUAGAUUUUUCAAUUCAAAAUAUAAAAAAUUUAAAAAAUGAAGCAAAAAAAUACAUAAAAUCAUUUGUCGAGUCACAUGAAUCGAUAAAAAUUAACUUAUUAUAUAAUUCCUUAGCAAGUCUUGAAUCAUGAAGAUGGCUUGAAGAAUUCAAAAAAGGGAUAUUGUGUAAUGUGCUUUCUGAUUUAGAAAAAAAACUUACAAAAAGCAUUGUAGGCAAUCUGGUUAGUAAAUUAUUAAGCAUUGAUUUAGGUAUUAACUCUCCUUCAAAUGUGCAAAAAGGAUAUUCAAUAGCAGAAAAAUCCAACCUUAUUCUUCAAUUACAAAAAUAUAUUCCAUCUGUUACUGAGUAUCCCAAAAUUGUUUGAGAUAAAUUUUGGGAAAGAAUUGAGGAAACUUUAAGGCUCAUUAAAAAUGAGUUUAAUCCAGAAUUAGACAUUGAUCAUCAACUAAAUGAAAUAGAAAAAUUAAAAAUCGUGAAGAAAGACUAUGAUAAAUAUAUAAAAGAAGAAAGCGCAGAGAAGAUCGAAGAAUUACUUACAACUAACGGAUUUAAGACAAUUGAUGAAAUUGAUCAAGAAAUAAGUAAAAUCCAACAAACAAUUGAAAUAUUUAAAGAAAAGAAGGACAAAAUACCUGAUAUUGAUAAUUUAGAAAAUUCAUAUAAAUAUAUUGAAGAAUGCAAACAAAUACAACCUUUACCUGACAGCAUUGCUGAUAUCGUUAAUUCGAAUAUAUUUUCAAAAUUAAUUAUGGCGUAUGGGCCAUUUCUUGAAUGUUUAAAUAAUCGCUUUGGAUUUAUUUCUGAUUUUAUUAAAAAUCGCCGUGCUUUUGAUAUGAAUGCUUUAAGAGCUUACACUUGCCAGAUAUUGGCGAGCUUUCAAGAAAUAUCAUCAUUAAAAACAAAAUCUCCAACUUUUUAUAAUUUUCUGGAUUUAGAGCACCCCUUUGCACAGUUUUUAACUGAACUUAAUAGUUUAUAUUCUGAUGUAGAUGAAAAACUUAUGAAUCUUAAUCAAAAUACUCAAGCCGAGUCAAUAACUUUAUUAUUAUUUAUUGCUGAUGAACUUGCAAAAAUUGAUAAGACUUAUUCAGAUCUUUCAAAAAAAUAUAAACAACUUCAAGAUUCUAGGCUUAUGGAAUUAAUUGAAUUAAUCGAGAAGUAUGACUUUUAUAGUUUAAAACAAACGAUAAAUAAGCUUGGUGAGCCAAUUCCAAGUGUGAAAGAUACAAUUUCAGAUAAAUUAUAUAAAGCCAUUAAUGAUCUAUUAGAAGACAUGAAAGAUCGUACUAAGGAACUUAAUGUUUGUGAUUUAAAGUAUGGCCAAAUAGAUAUAAUAAUCGAGAAUUUUAAAAAAGUUAAAUGUGCAUAUGCGAAUAAUUUCUACCUCUACUUUGACACUGAAACGCGAAAGAGAUUUGAGAAGGAGGAGAUAUCAAUCAAAAAAGAUCUUGAGACAAAAAUUUCUAAUUACCUAUUUUUAAUAUCAGAUGAUAUAAAAAUAAAUAAAUUUUAUGAAGCUGAGAUUAAAAUGAAAAAUAUUCAAUACCCAACAAGUGAUGAUUUAAACUGGCUUUUUGUAAAUAGAUUUGCAAAUAAAAUUUUAGAAAUCGAAGAUAAUCUGAAUAAAUUCCCCCAAAAUAUCAUUGAUCACAUACAAAAAAACGAAAUUAAAGAGUUAGGAGUUUAUCCUCUAAAUUCAACAUUACAGAUUAUCGAAAAAGCAUCAAAAGAUUUUCCAAAAUAUGAGGGGAAAUCUAAUGAAAUUAGAAGUUUGAUAAAUGAGAAAAUAUACGAUAUUAAGAUUAAUUUUAAGAAAGAAAGUACUGCCAAAAAAAAGGAAAAAAUUCAUAAUAUAUCGUCUGUUCUUAAUGUUUUGCCAGAAGAUAUCAAAAUUUCAGCUAAGAGCCUGAUUAAAGAAAUCGAAGCAAGUCUUAAAGCAGAUAAAACUAGUUUUAGAGAAAGAAUUGAUAGUUAUGUAGAAGGACAAAGCAUAAAGGAAUUAUGUGAAUUUUAUAGCCAAUCAACCCGUUAUUCUAAAUCUUAUUUAAAGUAUGCCAAAGAUAAACUGAAAAAUAUGAUAUCAUCAAUUAAUAUUGAAAUAAAUGAUGCUCUUAGAAAAAGAAAUUGAGAAUUGGCAUUUAAAAAAGCUCACGUUUUAGAAUUAAAAAAUGAGAUAGAAAAAAUAUUAGAAGACAGUGAUUCAAUUUUCAAAGAAAUAUUAUGAAAUCUCAAUGGAAAAGUUAAUCAAAAUUUAAAAACUCUUUUAAAUAUUGAGUAUAAAGAUAGUAGUACCGAGUUGGUAGAAUCAUUUAAAUUUUACAAAAAUCUUAUGGAUUUUAAAACUAAUUUUAAAUCAGAACCUAAAGCCAAAGAGAUUUUCCCCAUUGAAAAUGAAAUCGAAAGUAUCCAUGCUGCAAUUUUAUACUUUUAUCAGGGACUCAAUAAACGUUACACAGUGUUCAAACCUCCAAAUAGUUCCCUAAAGUGUAAUCAGACGUUGAAUAAAAUUAAAGAUUGGGAUGGAUUUUUGAAAAUUUUUAAAGAGUUUUUAUCACAGAAUCGAACUUAUACUCGUUUUGAUAGCAAAAUAAAAGAGCAGUGACGUUAUUCAGAAUUUAGAAUUGAUUUAACUCAAGCAUUGGUUGAAUUAAGCAAUUUUUUCAUAGAAUUUAAAGUUCAUUAUGAAGAUAUCAUGCAACAAGCACUACUUGAUAGUUACGCAAAAAAUAUUCAAGAGAAAUGAAACCAAAUCAGAAGUUUCAGCUACUUAAAAAAUCACUUAAACCUAGAGACUAGUCUUGAAAUAAUGCAAUCAAAGGCAAUUGGCUCGAUAAGCAAUGAAAUAAAUAAAAUUGUUAGGAAUGCUUUACUUUUAAUAGAUAAGCAAGAUAUCAGAAAUGAAGAAUUUAAUCAAAUUCGGAGUUACUAUAAUUUUUUGGGCUUUUUCGAAAAAAAUUUAAAAAUUUCAGAUCUUGAUUUGAAAGCGACACUACAAGCAAUUGAAGGUAAAAUUUAUGAUAAAAUCAAAGAAUUAAAAACCAAAGCUAUGAAUGGAAAACAGCUGGAAGAAAUAAUUGAACCUUUGCUAAAAAUGAAAGAACUUUCAAUUAAUUUUCCUAAAUUUAAAGAGGGACUUCAUAAAAUUAUAGAUGAUUCUUUAGAAACAAUUGGAAAAAAUAGCAAAGGAAUGAUAUUAGGAAUAAUUGGAGAACUAGGAAAUCAUUCAACCGGACUUUAUAUACUGAAUGAGCAUAAGUUUUUUGAAGGAGUUAGGCAAAGACUGUGGAGACAAAAGACACAAGCUUAUGGAAUAGACUAUACACUUGAAAAACUUAAAGGCUCACAAUUAAAUAUAAACGAACUUCGAGAAAAGCAUCAGGAAUACAUUGAUAAAUUUGAAGGGUACAGUAUAAAGUACCAGCCUAUUAUUCAUAACGAAGGCAUAGAUAAUGCCAUAAGUCAGAUAGUGGCUGAAAUAGAAAUAACCUCCAGGACUCAUGCUAUAGAUAUUGCCAAUAGUCAAGGCAUAGAUAAUGCUAUAAGGCAAACAGCAGCUGAAGCAGAAAUAGCCUCAAGGAUUCACCCAGAGAACUCUUCCGAUAUAGACCUUAACUCAUUCAAAAGUCUCAUUCCAAAACUUCUAGCUUAUAUUUCUAUUCUAUGGGAACUUUGCAAUAUAAAAAAAUACAAUCAGGAUGCAAGUACUGAAGAAGAAAGGGAACUUUUUGCACUGCAUCCAAUACAAGUUUUGUCAAUAUUCCGUAUGAUUGGUAUUGGCAAUAAAGAAAAUGUAGGCUUUCAAAAUAAUUUAGUGCAAAUUCUAACAGGGGAAGGUAAAUCAAUUACAUUGGCCUUUUUAAGUUGCAUGCUUGCCUUAUUAGGAUUUACAGUUAAUUGUGCCUGCUAUAGUGAGCAUUUAAGUCAGAGGGAUUUCGAAAAUUUUGAACCUUUGUAUACAGCUUUAAAUGUUAGCUCAUAUAUCAAAUAUGGAACAUUUAACAAACUUUGCGAAGAUGAAAUUAAUUCAAAUGGAGACAUUAGAGAAAGAGUCUUAGAUCUAAUCAGCCCUAGACCUAAAUGCAGCUCAAAUAUAACUGAUAAUACUAUGAAAAGACCCAAAAUUCUUCUUAUAGACGAAGUAGAUGUAUUUUUCUCCAAAUCUUUCUAUGGCAAUAUUUAUAGGCCUCUAGCAAAAUUGAAACAUCCUACUAUUAAGAUAUUAACAGACUAUAUAUGAAAAUCUAGAGAAAUGCUUAAAAAUAUAAAUAUAAGAACAACAAAUGAAUAUAAAGAUUGUUGCAGACAAUUUCGCGGGUUUGAGUUUAUUAUUGAAGAAGCUGUAAAAGACAUGAAAAUUCAUAUACAACAAUUUGCUUCGCAUGAUUAUAUAGUCCAAUAUGAUAAAAUUGGGUAUAAAGAGCAUGACGGAAUUUCAUUUAAUAAGAAUUAUGGAUAUAAUACACUAUUUGCUUAUUAUUUUGAGCAUGAAAAAGGAAGUAUCACACAAGAAAGCUUAAACGAAAAUAUUUUUAUCGGAAUUAAAUGCGGCAUAUUUUCAUUUGCAGAAAUUCCUCUCAAAUUCAAAUAUAUUAUGGGAGUCACAGGGACUUUAGAGACUUUACUCCCUAUUGGCUAGUGAGAAAGAUAUUUUUCUUCGCUCAUUUAUGGGAUUGAAUUUUAAAUUAAUUAUUUUUUUAAAAAGGUUGAGGACUCUGCAAUUGCAGCGACUUAUUUAUACUUUUGCUAUUUAUUAGGAUACUUUCCUGACUUGCUUCCAGGGGUCUGCUAAGAAGGGCCUGAAGCCAGAGCUGUAGAACUCCUAAUCCGAGUAGGAAUCGUAACUAAUCUUGGGAACAAUGGCCGAAUAAGGCUUUCAAACUCCAUAAUAGAGGAGCCAAGUCAAAAUUCUUUAUCCUUAGAUUAUUUGGAAAAGGCUAGGAUACCUGGGACUAUGGAUUUUUCUCUACCUUGGCGUGCCCAAAAAGUUGAAUGGUAAUCUCCGCAUAUUAUUGUAUAUUAAUAAAACUUCAAUUUUUAAAUUUUAGCUUAAAAAAGCUAUUUAAAAAUUAAUAUAAUUAACUAGAGAUCUUAUUAUAUCAAACAAAAAUUCCAUAAUUUUAUUUGCCGACAAAACGGACUAAUUUCACUGUUUUUUAUUUUUAUCUAAAAGGAGUUAGGGAAUUAUGAAAAAAGUAUUAUAGAAAAUAAAUAUAAUAUCAAAAUACAAACUUAUAUGCCAUCAGUUUUUGGAGACAAUCGUAGAACUUUUGCAAUAGAAAAGGAUGUUCAUGCAGAAGCCAGUGAGGGUUAUUAUUUGGCUAUAAUUAAUGAAAUAAAUGAGAAAAUAGGGAAAGCAGGCUCCAAACGUGCUGUCCUAGUGUUUUUCGAAGAUGAAAAGAAACUAAUGGAUUUUUAUAAUGAAUCAGCUUUAAAGUACUCCGGCUAUGACAUUCAGUUGAUAACAGAGAAUUUGAGCUCAGAAGAUAGGGGAAUGAUGAUUAAAAAAGCAACAGUUCCAAAUACUGUGACAUUAUUAGUAAGAGUUUUUGGCCGAGGAAUUGAUUUUAUAUGUCAAAAUCAAAAUAUGGAGACUAAUGAAGGAAUUCAUGUACUACAAACAUUUUUCUCAGAAAAUAUAUCUGAAGAAAUCCAAAUUAAAGGAAGAUCAGCAAGACAAGGUCAAAAAGGAUCUUAUAGCAUAAUACUUUUAGACAGUGAGUUAGAAAAGUUUUCAGUUCAAAAAGAAGACAUUAAAAAAAUGAAAGAUAGAAGUUCAAUUUAUAAUGAUUUGAAUAAUAAAAGAAAUGAAUUUAACCAAAUUAAAAGUGAAAAUCAAUCUACCUAUAUAGAGGAAUAUAAAGCCCAGCAUUAUGAAUCAAGCAAUUUUUUGAAUUUUAUUAAGAAUAAUGAUCUAGAGAAAGUUAAACUUUUCUUGCAAACUUUAAAUAAAGGAACUAAUAUCGAAAGCGGGAUUUGUAAAACAAUUGUUUUAAUGGACGCGACUGGUUCAAUGGACCUUUUACUGCAAAAUGCUAAAAAUACAGUAAAAAUAAUGUUCCAACGGGUCUGCACUAUUUUAUCAGAGAAUGGGAUCAAUCCUGAAUGUUUUCAAUUGCAAUACUGCGCAUAUAGAAAUUAUAGCUCCCAUGAUAAAAUUCUUCAAGUGUCACCAUGAACUAAUAAAUCGGAUAUUCUCGAAAGUUUUUUGGAAAAUGUCAAAUCUGAAGGUGGUCAGGGAAAUGAAGCAAUAGAAGUCGGAUUAUGACAUGUAAAUAAUGCCAUUAAAAAUGAAACAAUUUCUCAAGUAAUUUUAAUCGGCGAUCGUCCUCCAAACACUGUUAAGGACAUUGAAGAAAAAAGAGGUAAAAAUUCAAAAUACUGAAAUAGCACAAAAUUUAAAGAUGUAAGUCACUAUAGAAAAGAAUUAUUAAAGAUUCAAGAGCUUGGGGUUUCCAAUAAAUGCAGAUGGAGUAUAGAAAGCUCUGCUUUUUCAAUAAUUUUUUUCCCUAUAUUUAAAAAAUAUGGUGUAAAAAGCCAAUAAUCAAAAAAAACAUAUGAAAAAUUAAAAACCUCAAAUUAAAAAAAAAGUUGGAGAAAUAUAUUCAAUUAUUAUAUAUAAUAAAAUCUCUUUUAUUUCGCAGCAUUAACUAAAAUAAAAUAUAUAUAUAUAUUUUGACAGCUGAAAAAAGUGCUAUGGUUAUUUUGAUAUGCCAUGCUUAUCGCUAUAAAAAAGACUAUUAACUAUUUAAGGAUCUCUAAUUUCUUAAUCAGCAAAAAGUUGACUUGAAUAACAUCGGUAAUUUGUUUAACCAAAAAUAGGGCUAGUUUGCUAAAUCAAACACUGACAGAAAUUUGUAUUUUUUAUAUAAAAAAAAUUGACAAUUAGAUUUUAAAUUAUAAUAGCCUGUGUUAUAAAAGAAUUAGCUUUUUCAAAAAAAAAACCUUUUAAAUGUAAGUUUAAUUAAUAUUAAAACCUUCUUGCACAGGCAUGAAUAUCGGUGCUAAACUUUUUUAAAAACUAAUAAGGUUAAUAAUUCGAGCUUGUCUAGAAUGACAUUAACGAAGGUAAACUCAUUCUACUUUUUUGUUAAAUUUUAAAGAAAAUUUUCCAAUAAAUGCUUUUUAUGUUUAUAGUGAUGCUCAAAAGAAAUUUGAAAAAAUUGCAGCAAUAACAGGAGGAAAAAGUGAAUUCCUGCAUAUUAAUUCAAGCUCAGGAGCAGAGAGACUGACAGAUUUAGUCUCUACUCAAGUUUUGGGAAAAGUAGGUGGAGAAGAUGUAGUAAAUGCUUAUUGGAAGAAGUUUCCUAUUUCAUAUGCUUAA